AAAUUGCUGAACGUACCUUCUUCCACCUUGACAUUCUAGGUAUUCGUUGAGCUUGCGGCUACAUGGUGGUGAGGAUGCAGCGAAGUUUUCAGAGUGCAUGCAUAGCAGUCGCCGCCCCGCGGGUGCAGAUCAGGUGCAGAUGCGGCGGUCCCCUGGAGGUGAUGUAGCGCUUAUCCACGCCGCUGGAGGGAGCAGUUCCGGACGCUGUACGUUCAGGCGCCAUCAUGGUGAGGUCGGAAACACGACAACACAGAGAACUGACUAUACUUUCUUUACUGUUUUAUGACAUAUGUGUGCGAUUUUACCGCUCAUUGUUUAUAUUCCUUUCAUGUUAAAUCCUGUAUUCCUAAAAAUGUGUAAAAUAGUCAAAAAUUAAAUGGCUUAAAGACGAUUGAUCUGAUUUGCGCUUUAUCUAAAGCCACUGUUUACACACCGAUCAGAAAAAUUGUAAUGGAGUGUCGUUUUAUUUACGAUUGAGGAAAGAAAGGUCUUCGUGAUUCUCAGCCGCUGAUAUGUCUGUCAGAAAAGAAGUAUUCCAGUCCAAGGUUCUGCAGAGAUUGUAUCCUGCUGCAUCCCAAGAGCAGAGUGUGCUGCAACCCGUUGCUGAAGAGCAGAGCAUUGUACCUGUGCCACCUGUGGAAAGACCUCAGUACCCACUCAAAAAGCCAGGUGAUGAGAAAAGUACAGCUGUACCAGGCAAAAAGCUCUACACUGUACUUCCUCCUCCUCAAGGCUACCUGCUCACUAGCGAGGAUGAUCCUGUCACACUGUCCAAUCCAGAUUCCACUGACUCUGAGAACAGCCCAGUCGACGCAGAUGAGCAUGAGUUACAUAAGAAGAGGAAAAGGAGGAGAAAGAAAAAAGUGUCUCCUGUUAUUUCAGCCAAGGUAUCCACCCCUCCAGUAGAGGGCACUAUACAGGGCCAGACAGAUCCUGUACAUCCCAGCAAUGAAGGGGACACUGGAAGCUCAUUGAGCAAUGAACGGAUCAGCAAAAACAGAAAGAGAAAGAUGAAGAAGAAACGGCACAAAGAGAAACUCAUCGCUCUUGGACUGGUGCCUCAUGUGAGAGCUAUUGAGUUCACAUAUGCACAGGGUGGACAUGGAAAUACAGAGGAGCUGCUCCACUUCCUUCGUACCACACAGGAGAUAUACCUGUCUGAUCGCAAGUCCUCUGGCUCCUGUGUAGAAAGUGGACAUGCUCUCUCCCUCACUGCUGCAGCUGAGACUCUGUUCUCUCGUCUGUCUGGUAGGACGCUGCCCCCUGCUGAGAUCUCCAGGCUGUGUGGACUCGGGUCUCUAUUGGUGAAUAACGAAGAGCAGUUAAAAUCACAGCUACAAGAAUUCAGGCACACAAGCACAUUGCCUGCAGAUGAGGUUUCAGUGGUAUGUGCUCUUAUUGAGUAUUGGCUGACAGAGAUUUUGCCCAUACAGAGAGAGCAGAAGACAUGACGUCCCCAGAUUCAGAGCCUAAGAGGAUAGCGACUGUGAAUAACCAGCAGGUGUCUGAUUGUAAUAUCUCGUCAGUCUGAUUUAUAGUCAAGGAAUUCAAGAAACUCGGGAUUAAAUUGCAUAACUUAACCAGCAUGAUAUAUUCUAGUUAUCUUGCCUUCACAAUAACAAUUAUUUUCUGCUGCUAUUUUUUUUUUAUUAUUAUUGCAAGUCACCAACACACUCUCACAGCUGUUUCUGCUAUCCAUAGCCUAUUAUUGACCGUGGCGCUGGAUCACCGGUCUUCCACAGCUCAUUAUGCGUGGUUUAGCGUCUUAGCAGCUAAUUACUUUAACAUCAGAACGUCAGCUCAAUGAUCUCAGAGACUGUUUAGAGCUUUUACUCACUAGACUGCUCAUUUCACCAACACAAAGCCUCAUUAAGGGGUUUUGUUUUGUUUUUUUACAUUUAAUUAGCUACUUUGGGGCAUUGUCGUGAGAAGCCACUGUGACUAUAAGUGUGACUAGAAAAAUGUCUUAGUGCAGCUAUAAAGAUAUUAAAGUUUUAUUUCAA